AAUGAAGUCAAUUCUGGUUCUGCUAAGUAUAAUGUACUGUGCAGUGCAGUGCAAAACAUUAGAUCCGGUGGUCAUCGAUGAAUGGGAAAAGGGUGUACUUCCGCAUAUCGAUUAUUGCGUUAGUACCACGAACGUGGAUUGGGACAUUGCAAAGAACAUGUUCAGACAUGUCCAUCUUCCAGAUGAAUCAACCUUUCACUGCUACAUGAAAUGCAUAUUUGACAGGAUGUCGUUCCUUAAUUCGGACCAAGAACUGGAUCAGGACCAAAUGUUGCAACAUAUAUACGCACUAACACCUGAUCUAUCACAAUUGUGUGUUGACGAGUCAGCCGGUAUAGAAGACAUUUGCGUAAAAAUGUAUAAUAUUACGAAAUGUAUUGUACACGAUAUCGCUGACGAUUGAGUUGGAGUAUUUUACAUCUAAGUAUUCAUUUCUGAUGUUAUCUCUGAUGUUUAAAUAUAAUGUAUAUUU